AUGCCAUUGCUUCAACUUUUAUUUUCAUGUAUGCUUCUUUUGUCCUUGCCGUUCCAUGCUCCGAGUGAGGACCUGAUUUCUCUCGUUUUCUCUCUCUUUUUCUCUCUCAUUUCUUCUCUCAACGAAUCUCGAUCUCGACGAGGAACAAGAGGAAACCCAGAUCAGGAAACGCUAGACAACAAUGUCGUCGUCUUCGUCGAAGAAGCAGACGCUCUUCAUAUCGAGCCUUAUCAUCUCCUGUUCCUCCUCUCCAAUUACGGCUUCAAGUUCCCGAUUUUCCUCACAAUGUGUCACAUGUCCGCUUGCGCGAUCCUCAGCUACAUCUCCAUCGUCUUCCUCAAGCUCGUCCCUCUCCAAUCCCUCAAAUCUCGCUCCCAAUUCCUCAAGGUCGCCACUCUCAGCAUCGUCUUCUGUGCCUCCGUCGUCGGCGGCAAUAUCUCCCUCCGUUACCUCCCCGUCUCUUUCAAUCAAGCCGUCGGUGCCACCACCCCGUUUUUCACCGCUCUCUUCGCUUACCUAAUGACCUUUAAGAGAGAAGCUUGGGUUACCUACGGUGCUCUCGUCCCCGUCGUUGCAGGCGUCGUCAUCGCCAGUGGGGGUGAGCCAGGAUUUCACUGGUUUGGUUUCAUUAUGUGCAUUAGUGCUACGGCGGCAAGAGCCUUCAAAUCUGUUCUUCAAGGCAUCUUACUUUCUUCCGAGGGGGAAAAGUUGAACUCGAUGAACUUGAUGUUGUAUAUGUCCCCAAUAGCUGUGAUAGCUCUUCUUCCCGUCACGCUUGUCAUGGAACCAGACGUGAUCAGCUUGACAUUGACGCUUGCAAAGCAACAUCAGUACAUGUGGAUACUUCUUUUGGUGAACUCGGUAAUGGCUUACUCAGCCAAUCUGUUGAAUUUUCUGGUUACAAAACACACAAGCGCCCUCACUCUCCAGGUUCUUGGAAACGCUAAAGGAGCAGUUGCAGUGGUGAUUUCGAUCUUAAUCUUUCAAAACCCGGUUACGGUUAUGGGCAUCGGCGGGUACUCCAUAACAGUCCUUGGGGUGGUUGCUUACGGAGAGACAAAACGCAGAUUUAGAUGA